AUGGCCGACGGCCGGCACGCGGAGCGACAGCUGGUCGAUGCCAACCAUGGCCUCACGAGCCUCCGGCGGCGAGGUCGUUGGCGCCAGGCUGCACACGCCUUCUGCACGCUACGCCACAGGACACUCCGGCCCAAUGUCUUCAGCUACAGCAUCGCCAUCUCAGCCCAC